AUGGAGAAACUGAGUCCCACUGGACAUAUUCCUCAACCUUCACGAUCACUGGAUGACCUUCCUAUGAAAGUAGCUUGCACGCUAUCACAGGGAUCUAAUGUAACUAGCAUGGACUUUCAUCCUUCUCGUCAUACGCUACUACUAGUUGGAUCUGCUAAUGGUGAAUUUACACUCUGGGAGAUCAGUAUGCGUGAGAGGCUGCUCACAAAGCCCUUCGAAAUUUGGGACAUGCAAGCAUGUUCAACACAAUUUCAGGGUGUCAUGGCUAAAGACUCUUCCAUGGCCGUUAAUCGAGUUACAUGGAGCCCUGAUGGAGACUUGAUUGGUGUUGCAUUUACAAAGCAUUUGAUCCAUCUGCAUGCAUACCGGCAUCCAAAUGAAACAUAUCAAUUUGUAGAGAUUGAGGCUCAUUCUGGAAGAGUUAAUGACAUAGUUUUCUCUCGGUCACGUAAGCAACUUUAUGUUGUCACUUGCGGAGAUGACAAGCUGAUAAAGGUCUGGGACAUGCAUGGGCAGAAAAUAUAUUCGUUUGAAGGGCAUGAGGCACCUGUGUAUUCUAUUUGCCCUCAUCACAUAGACGAGGUUAAGUUUAUUUUCUCAAUUUCCCUUGAUGGGAAAAUGAAGACAUGGCUUUAUGAGUAUCUGGGAACUAAGCUGGACUUUGAUGUUCCAGGAAAAUGGUGUGGUGCAAUUCUCAAUAGUGCCGAUGGCACUAGGUUGUUCUCUUGCGGAACAAGCAAAGAGGGGGACACACAUUUAGUUGAGUGGAACCAAAUUGAAGGAUCUGUCGAGAGGUCAUAUUCUGGAUUCCGUAAAAAACCAUCUGGUGUAGCGCAAGGUGUCGUGCAGUUUGAUACAGCUCGGAAUCACAUUUUAGCUGCUGGCGAAGAUAACCAAAUUAUGUUUUGGGAUGUCGAUAACACCAACAUGCUUACCUGCAUUGAAGCUGGUGGAGGCUUGCCAAGCUUUCCACGAUUAAGGUUCAAUAAAGAAGGCAAUCUGCUUGCUGUUAAUACAGUAGAUAGUGGUUUUAAGAUACUUGCAAAUACUGAUGGGCUCAGAUCUUUACCGGCUUUUGGUAAUGUGCCUUCCGAAGUAUUCAGAUCGCCAUAUGAAGCUUCUGAGAUGAAGGUCUCAGAUCCUGCUAUUGUCGCGAGCAUCUCUCCUAACAUUGGCCAAACUGAUGACUUAGACACAAAAUAUCCUGCAAAGCCAUCUCAAGUGAAUUGCAGUGAUCGAGCAUUUGGAAGCGUAGAUAAAAAGCGAAGAAUUUCAGAAGAAAAGUCUGAUAAAGCGAAACCUUGGGAGCUGAAGGAGGUUCAGCAAUUUUGUGUUGAUACAAUGCUAGAAACUGACCACGCCAGCAAGGUAUCCAAGGUGCUCGACGACGACAACCUCCUCAGGGAGAUCAUCAUCCGCGUCGGCUUCCCAACCACCCUCGUCCAUGCCGCCCUCGUCUGCAAGCGCUGGUACCAGCAUGCCUCCGAACCUGCCUUCCUCCGCCUUUUCCACGAGCGCCACCCACCCCGCCUCCUCGACUUCUACAUCGAGAACAGGAAGGAUUAUAACAUGGCUUCUAUUCGCUUCAUCCCGAUGCUACCUCAGCCCCCAGAGCUUUCGACCGUCAUCCGCACUGUGCAGAGCUACAGUUGGGGCUUCUACCACGGCGCCCCGGCCAACUUCCGCUGCUCCCGGAAAGGCAGAGUCCUCAUCAGCUUGUACAACCUGGUCAACGACAACAAUUUCACAAGUCGGGUGCACAGUCCAUUAUGUCCUGAGAGAGGCCUGGCUGUCGUCCCACCAUUACCACACAUCCAAAUCCAGGACGAUUAUUACUAUAGUAUGCUCUUGGUGGAAGAAGCCGACAGUGUGUCCUACUUUCAUGUGUUGCUUGUGGCUAACAUGCAGAGAACAAAAUAUACGGUGCACGUAAAUAUGUUGCGACAUGGUGAUGGUGUGUGGCGCACAUGUCUUACCUUCGACAAAGACCAACUUCUUGAUCCGGAAUGGGAACCAAAAGCUGUGCUCGCCAACAAUAAAAUCUACAUAGCGAGCACACAGAACAGCAUUGAUUUCUUUGAUUUGACUACCUCAAGCAUCUCCACGGUUCAGCUCCCACAUGGGGUGGAGUAUGGCGAUAGAGAUACCAUGUUGGCACCGGCUCAUGAUGCUUCUGAUGUGUAUCUCAUCCAUGCUAAGAAUCUUCAGCUUGACAUCUGGCUCCACAAGGGGGACAACUGGUUGCUGGUGGACACCAUUUCUUUGCGUGACAUGGUUGCUAAUUUGAGGAUUCCAGGUUGUGAGGUUGAGGAUGAGCCCAUUGCUCCUCUCUGGAUAAACCAUGCGGGGUCCUAUGCUGAGUUUGUGUUCUUGGAGAUGGGCCAAUGCGCACUUCACUUAGAUGUCAAGUGUAGGCAGUUGCGUAAAGUGUAUGAUAUGACAGAAGAAGAACUGGAUUUGGGUGAUAUCCAUCCUCUUACAAUGAUUUGGCCGCCCAUAUUCCCUGCUCUCACUGAUAACCUUGCAAGUUUGCCUUUUGGCCUUUAG